UAGGUUACUGCGCGGCAAGUUGAAUUAAAGAAGCCCUUUUAAAGUAGUAGACUUGUGAAAGAAAGAACCAUUUUCAUUUGAACACAAAAAAAAAGAACUGGAGUUGUGGUUGUUAGAUCCUAAAAUCCACUCAGAAAUAGGGUUUACAGUUUACAAAGACGUGUCGAGAAAGUAAUCAAAAAGAUGAAGUUAGAGUCAGGGAUAGCCGAUGAAUACAAGAAAUGUCUAAACACAAAAGAGUAUGAAUGUAUUGAAAGUUUGAAACUAUAUUUAGCUAUAGAAAAGGUUCAAUCUCCCCGCUCUUGGCUUUCUCUUUCUUUUUAUAGGUUUUUUUUAGGACUCGGCGUUCGGGUAGUCGGGUCGGGGUUUUUGAAUUUCGGUUCUUUUUUAUGACACUUUCUAGGUUCCAUUCUAGUAAAUUUACAAGUUCGGGUCGAGUUCAGAUAUAACACAUCGGGUUGGGAUCGGUUUUGUAUCACAUCAUAGAAUCCAUAAAGUAAUCAUAUAUCAUUCGGAUUCGGGUUAUACUGGAUCGGUUCAGAUAUACCCGAAAUAAAAUCUAAAAUUUAAAAAUAAAACAUAAGAUAUAUAUUUAUUUAUAUAUAAUUAAGUAUUUAAGGUAGUUAUUUAUAUUUUAAAUACUUAUUGUUAGAUAACAUAUCAAAAUAAAUAUGAAAUUGAAUAUUUGAAGUAUAUAUUCAUGUUUCAUAUAAUUAUAUUGUAUAUUAUUUUGGACAUUCGGAUCGGUUUCUUCGAAUAUCUUUUUAGUUUUUUCGGUUUUUCGGGUUACCCUUUCGGGUUCAGAUAUGUUUUAUACCACCUUACAAGAUCCAUUCGGAUAUUUUUUACAUUUCGGACCGGAUACAGAUCGAGUUUUUUGGUUUGGGUUCGGUUCGGAUUUCGGGUUACGGACAUAAUGUCCAGGCCUAGGUUUUUUGGAGAUGAAUCAUGACAAUAAUGUGAUCUAUGGCGUGAUCAAGUGUCUUUAUGAUGGUAUUUGAUGUUUUUAUCUUUUUUGCCUUGACUGACCGAGCUUGGUGUCUGAGUUUCCUCCGGCUCGGAAUAAGCAUUUAAUUUCUAGAGCCCUAUUAUUUCUUCUUGGGCUUCCAGGGUCCAUUGCGUCUGAGCUGAGAUAUUGGACAGGAUCUAGAGCGGGGUGAAACCCGGUUCCAACAGUGGUGAAUUAUGUAAUGUGAUAAGUCUCUCAUGUUCCAUUCAAAUGGUGUAUAUAUGAAAUCUUUUAAUUUACUAGCCGUACGUACGUAUUUAGUGGCCAACGAAAGAGAGUAUAUACAGGUAAAUGUGCGGCAAGCAGCCGGAGGCAGGAAAAGUCAACGAGAACAUGAUUGGUUUCAAAUUAAGCUUGUGGAGUUAAAACAGGUAAGAUAAGAUACUUGCAGCGAUAUUCAGAAUCUAGCAGACAAGAUCUGAGACUGAGAGUGAUGAACAAGGCAACUGAAUUGGUGGUAGGUGCUGGUGUGGGAGCUGUUGCCUCUGAGAUCCUGAAAGUAGUGAUUACAGAGGCGAAGCUGGUGUUAGCUUUCAAAUCUGUGUCUAAGGAUCUCGCAUCGACUAUGGAGGAAUUGGUUCCGAUAGUCAGAGAGAUCGAACAGACGCAAGGUGUGGAGGAAGUAGAGGAACUAAAGACUCUCAAGGAUACUAUCGACAAAGCUCGUGUGGUGGUUGAGGAGUGUAAAAGCGUCAAGAAGUGGGAGAUACACUUAAAACAUUAUUAUACAAGAAGAGUUUAUAAAAUCAACAAGAAGAUGCUCGACUUCUGUCAAAUUCAAGUACCGCUAAUUCUGCUUAGGAACCAAGGGAAGCACUCUCUUACGCUUGAAGCCAUUAAUAUUUGUAUCCGAACCAUCUGUAAGAGGAUCGAUCUUAUGGAUGUUCGCCCGCGCGUUUACACGAAGCUUUCUUCAGUUCCCAAGAUUGAUGAUAAGGUUCAUGUUGGACUGGAUUGGCCAUUGAUGAAGCUUAAAAUGAAGGUCCUUGAUGAUUCCCUGGACCGUCUUCUGGUGUCUGCUUUCCCCGGAUGCGGAAAGACCACCCUCGUUACUCAUCUUUGCCACAACCAAAACAUCAAAGAUAAGUUCAACCAUAUCUUCUAUAGCCUAGUGUCAGGUACUCCUAACUUUAGGAAGAUAGUGCAAAAUUUACUCCAGCACAAUGGUUACGAAGCAGUUACAUUUGAGAACGAUCCUCAAGCAGCUAAUGCCUUGAUAGAUCUGAUUGAGGAACUCACAGAAGACGGUCCUGUAUUGUUGGUGUUGGAUGAUGUGUGGCUUGGAGCUGAUGAUUUUCUUAAGUAUUUUCGGUUCAAGUUACCAGGUUAUAAGAUUUUGGUGACCUCUCGGUCUGACUUACCGAGUUUUGAUUACACUUACCCUUUACAACCUUUGAAUGAAAAAGAUGCUAAAGCCCUUCUCCUUCACGUUGCACCGCGGCCUUAUAACGCGCCUCAAGCUGAGUAUGAAGAACUUCUCCAAAAGAUAUUGAAACGUUGCAGUGGACUCCCACUCGUAAUUGAAGUAGUUGGCGUCCCACUUAAAGGAAAACCUCUCUAUUAUUGGAAAGGCCAAGUGGGAAGCUGGUCUGAAGGGAAAACAAUUCUUCGUAAUCCUCGUCCUAGUGUGCUAGAAUGUUUGGAGCCCAGCUUCACUGCCCUGGAACCCCAUCUUAAAGACUGUUUCAUGGACAUGGGCUCAUUUCUUGAGGACCAAAAGAUACGUGCUUCCGUUAUAAUUGACAUAUGGGUGGAACUAUAUGGUAAAGGUACUCCUGAUAGUAGUUUCGAGUACAUGAAAUACUUGCAUGACCUUGCUUCCCAGAACCUGCUUAGACUUAUUCCUCUCGGGAGAAAUGAUCACGAGGAUUGUUUCUACAAUGAGCUCCUAGUCACUCAACAUGAUAUCUUGAGGGAGCUUGCCAUCCAUGAAAGCAAAUCAGAAGCAGUCCUGGAACGAAAAAGACUCAGUUUGGUGAUACAAGGAGAUGACUAUCCUGACUUGUCUUUGAGUAAAAGGGAGUCUACCCGCUUCCUCUCUGUCUCUACAGAUGAUUUGUUCUCGUCGAGUUGGGAGGAAAUGGAUUCAUUUCAGUUCCCUAAUGUCGAGGCUUUACUUCUUAACAUCUCUUCAUCAAACUACGCAUUGCCACGCUUCAUUGAUACAAUGCAGAAACUCAAAGUUGUGAUAAUCAUAAAUCACGGUCCUGGUCCUGCAAUAUUGACCAACUUGUCGUGUCUCAGCUCGUUAAAGAAACUGAAACGGAUCAGGCUGGAGAAAGUUUCAAUCAGUUUUCUGGACAUUCUCAAAUUGCAACUCGGCAGUCUCAAGAAGCUGUCUUUGUUCAUGUGUUGUUUCGGCGAGGUUUCUCAUGACAAAAAUGAAAUAGAUGUCUCUAAAGCUCUAUCAAGUUUACAAGAAAUGGAUCUAGACUACUGCUAUGUUCUCGAGAAGUUACCUAACUGGAUCUCUGAAGCUGUUUCGUUGGAGAAACUUAGCAUCACAAACUGUAAUAAGCUCUCUAUGCUUCCUAAAGCUAUAGGCAACUUGAGUAAGUUGGAAGUGCUGAGGUUGUCUUCUUGUAUUAGUCUCUCUGAGCUACCCGAAACAACUGCGAGACUCAACAACCUGCAGUUUCUGGAUCUUUCUGAUUGCUUAGGAUUGAGAAAGUUGCCUCUAGAGAUUGGGAGACUGGAGAAGCUGAAGAAGAUCUCUAUGAACAAGUGUUGGAAAUGUGAACUGCCGGAUUCAGUGAGGAAUCUAGAGAAUCUCGAGGUGAAAUGCGAUGAAGAAACUGCGGUGGUCCUGUGGAAAUUGUUGAAGCUAAAAAUGAGGAACUUGGAUGUUCAAGUGGAGGAAACAGAGCACAACCUGAACUUGCUUCGACAUUGUCACUAGCUUUUGCGUGUAUGUCUCUUGUAAUGUUGUUUAUUCGUCUCAUCAUCCAAAUGUAUCAUCAUGCUUCUGCUUUCGUUGAUAAAACUGUCUACAUUACAUACUUGAUUUUGAGUUUCCGUCUACUUUAGACAACACCUUAGUUUCAAUAA